CGUGAGAAAUUUUCACCCAAUGAGGCAACCUCAUGCUAUGUACGAGAAACUUUUAACGCACCCCUUCUCCCAUUUAUGUAACUGAGCUGUUUCUCUUUUACUUUCCUUCUUCGCUCACUCCCUUUUCCACUCUCUUUUCUUUUCUUUUUGUUUCUUUUCAACACGUUACUGCAAAUAAUUUAUCCGCGAUUUCGGCGAUCGUUCGAGGUCUAAGGCGCUAACAAUGAGGCAGGAAUUCCAAGACGGUUUUCAACACACUGUGUAUCCGCUUGCAACUGCUGUUUCGUCUGUGCCGACGUCCUCAGUGGUCAACCCGCCGAGCGAUGCAAUGGAGGAAUGCAUUGACUCUCCCACAGACGCAUUAGAAGACGACGAUUACGAGGACGACGAUAUUGACGAAGACGACGUAAGUUUGGACGAACAGCCUGCCACAACGACAACGACGACUACAAGCGAAGAAUCUUGUUCCUUUUCACCUCGACGAGCGAUUGAAGCAAAGCAAAUAGCGCAGCAACAACCGCUGGCAUCUUCAGCAACAGAAGCGGCAGCAGCAGCAUCAUCAGCACCUCAAGCACUAUUCUUGAAUUUCACAUCGGACCUAGAGCCGCACGUAAAUGUGAGAGGAUCUAGCAAGCCAAAGAAAACGCCUGCGUUCAAAGUGAACGGCGUCAAUCUACUGAACCGUAAAAAUGUGGACAGCAAAACCGCAAUUGAAAGAAUCCAACGUCGGCGCGAGAACCACAACCACGUUGAACGACGCAGACGCGACAACAUCAACAACACGAUAAUCGAACUAUCGCGCAUGGUACCUCAUGCAGUUCAGCACGGACAGAAGCUUAACAAGGGCAAGGUGCUCAAGAUGGCGCUGGACCAUAUUCUUGUAAGGUUAAGAGCACGCUGUCAUGACGCCAACCCGUAUGAUUUAAUUUUGGUAUUUUUUUGGGGGGGAAAUAGGAUUUGCAACGGGAAAACCGAUUACUCAGGCAACGGCAGGACCAACCAGAUGAGGACCGAACAGCCGGCCAUUUGACACUUUCGGACAGAUUUGCCAAGCACGGCGCUUCAAUUCCACAGAGGGGCGGCUGUGGAACAACAACAACGACAACGACAACGACA